UUCGUUUCAAGUAAUGUAUGUAGGUACUCGCAACGUAAAGUUGUAUUGUGCGAGUAACCCAAUUAGCCGCGUUCAUUCUACGCGACCAAGUCGCGUGAAUAAGCGCGAGAAGAAAGGAGCGCGUUAUUUGAACAUCGUGAUGUUCGUGUAACCACGCAGGAGAACAAUGUGCCGCGAGUGCACAUUGAAAGAGUAUCUUCGUGUCUAUGAGUAGAGAUCUACGACAGAAGGAGGAGAAGCAACGCACAGAGAAACGUUUCUAACGUAACAGCUCCUUUGGCGAACUCUCUUUACGUUUUGUAUAAGAGAGCAUUACCGUUCGUUAGUAUUCUCAGUCAAGUUUAGAUCGUCGAAUGUUACAGAAACCAAACUGGAGAACUAUUUCAUUUCAUUUCUGAGAAGUGUAAGAUGUAUGGCCGCGUUAUCGAUAAUGUCAUUAAGCCUUGUAACAACAGUGAACGUAAACUCGACCAAUCGAAUCUUUAUUUAAUUAAUCAUCCGAGCAAUAAGUAACAGAUCGAUCAUACGAAUUUAAAUCAUUGAUUAUAUAUCGAUGUUAAAAUGUCCAGACCGAGUUGUAUAUCUCUGACACUCGCGAUUCAAAUUUUCAUUGUUCUUCAACAAUGUUCGCGCACUCGGUGCCUCACGAUUGACAGUCGCUUAACUCCUACCGGAAAUGAUUGUUAUACAAGAAUAUCUAUUGGCUCUAAACUACCCGAAAUGGAUAUAGUGUUACGAACUAAUGCUAUAAGUUUAACAGAGUGUGAAGAAUAUUGUUUGAAAAGCAAGCAUGGUUGCAAUGCAUUUUCAUUUGGCGUCGGUGCAAAAGGUAAUAGUACCUGUCUAAUUAGCCGACGGAUACCAGCGUUAGAAGAUUUAGAAACUCAUCCAGAAUACGAUGUUUACGCGAAAAAUCGAAGAGAUUCGAUAUGGUGUGAUUUCGAUCGUUUCUACAAGAGUUUCAUACACGAAAGUGAAAAUCGUUCUGUGAAAAUAGAUAAACUUAUUGGUAAAGGGUCUGUUACAAAUAACAAUAAUCUUUUCUCGAAAUUAGUACCAGAAUCGAUGUCGGUGUUCGCACCACACAAUACACUGUCAUUUUCGAGAAACAAAAAUGACAUGGUGAAUUAUGGACACGUCGGUAGCUACGAUUUAUUUAUUAAUCAUGAUCAACGAUCUCAUUCUGAUGGCAACAACCGUAGUAUUUUGGACGUUAUUGGAAACAAAAAUGGGAAAACGUCAUACACCCCUUUCGUUAUAAUUUGUCAUCGAAAACUGCUACCUGGCAAGAAAAUGACGGGAUUGUUCAUUGAGCGCGUCGUCAAUUGUGAAAAUCUGCAGGAUUGUUGUCGAGCAUGUGAUUACGAAAAGGCUUUUGCGUGUAAAGGUUUUAAUCACAGACGAAGAACCGAUGAUUCGAAAUGCACGUGCGAAUUAACGUCAACGCCGCAUUUCCGACUGGAUAUCGACGAAGAUUUUUCGAGUGAUUCUUAUUACGAUUAUUACGAAAAGAUUGAAAAUUGCCCUUCGCCGGGGUGGCGUGAUAACAGCAUACCACGUUGGAAAAGUUAUAUCAAAAAUUCGAGAGAACACAGUCAAAACACAUGGCUGGAUCGUGACAGUGUGAAUAAAGAUUUCCUAGACACAGAUCAUUCGAUUUACAAAGAUAACUAUCCACUAAAUCGUGACCCAACUUAUGAUUUUUCUAAUGGCCUCACACGACCUGGCAAACCAUCUCAUUACGACGACCCUCAUGGUUUUGUGCCUCGUUACCACGAUAUAAAUUGGAAUCGUAAUUGGAAAGGCUCAGAAACUCGUUAUCCCGAUAUCGUUAAUGACAAUGUCUUCCCCAACUCUCGUAUUAAUUACAAUAAAGAACAUUUCGAUGUAAAAUCGCCAAGUUUCUCCAAUUCACGAUUGGAGGAUCAUUCUCUGACACACGAAUAUCCCAUCCCUAACGAGAACGAGCAAUUUUAUGGAAAAUUCUACAAUUAUGGCGGUGCGUUCGGCUAUAAUGAUAAUCACGUGUCCAUUCCAAAACAACCGUAUUACGAAAAACACGAGACGUCGCAAAUGACAAGAAAAUGUUCAGUGAAAGCCGCCUCAGGUUCAAAAUUAAGCAGAAGCAUCUUACGAAAGACCUGUGUGGCACAUGAUUUUGAACAAUGCGAAGAGUUUUGUACCAAUGAAACGAGUUUCUCUUGCGAAAGCUUUGCUUACAGAUCCAGCGUGUUAACCACAAAUCCUACCGAUAAUUGUUUACUAAGCGAUCGUCCCUAUCAAGAUUUAAAUUUCUACACUGAUCUCGAACCAAAUCGCGAUUAUGACAUCUACGUACUAACACCAGAUGCUAAGAACUGCUACUUGAAGAAACCAACAAGUCGAUAUCCCUCGGAAGAAUGUUUCUCGAGGAUAAGAAGUGGAUUUACCAUGCCGGUGGAUAUCACGAGGAGAUCGACAUUUGUUAAUGAUUUCGGAGAGUGUCAACUUGCAUGCACAACGUCGCAUGAAUUUAUCUGUAGAAGUUUCGUUUUCAAAUAUGCGAUGGAUCAUCACAGAGGGUACAAUCACGAGCGUGUCUCACCUAAUUGUUUCUUGAGCGACUGGCCGGCAGAAGAAAUAAAUCCUAUCGAUAUGCCAGAUAUGGAUGGUGCUGAAUUGUACGAAAGGAACACGUUAUCUCGCGGCUGCGAAAUGUAUCCUCCGUCCCUAUCGAAUCCAAACGUGAUUGCUCCGUACGAGAAAGAACCUUCUCUGUCGCACAUGGACGAACUUUGCUACUCUGAAUAUCACAGACCAUGCAAAUUAAUGUCACACGCAGUAGUUUCAUCGAUGCGAGCUAUCACGAAGCAAGAUUGCCGACGAAAAUGUUCGACGAUGAGGAACACCGGUGUGAUACCUUGUAUGUCGUUUAAUUACAUCACUCCUAUCGAUGAUACACGGAAUAAUUGUUUUUUAAGCGAAAUAUCAAUGCGAGAUCUAAGACCAAAUCUGGACUACGUUCAUGAUAACGAUCACGCGUUAUAUGCAUGGAAAGAUUUUGAUCCGUAUUGUGGUUUAAUUGCUAAUGCUUUCAAUACGACAAAUGCACCAACGUUUGAUAAUCAUGAUCAACUACAUCCUCCUACGUUUGAUUAUGCAAACGCUCAAAGAACACCCGAGAGCGAAACACAUCCUCAUGAGCCAACUUUCUAUCCUUCCACUCGAUGGAGAAAUAAAUUUCGAUCCGAUGAUCAUGAACACGAUUACAAACAUAAGUUUGUUAAUGGAGAUAACAGACAACCUCCUUUUGAGCCGGGUACUUUCGAACAUGGACUAAAUAUCUUCCACUCAGCAAAUCAGUAUCCUCCAUCUGGACGUUAUACGGUAAACGGUUAUCCUUGCAAAAAUAACACCGUCUGUCAACGAAAUGAAAUCAAUGGAUUCUGGUCUUGUGAAAUAGAAAACGAAUACGGUAGCUGGGAUUAUUGCUGCGAGCCUAGUCAUCAGUGUGGAUUUUCACAAGGAUAUCAUUACCCUUGGUGUUACGUGGGUCCUAGCGAAGAUCAGUGGAGGCCUUGUAGCGAAACAUAUUAUCCGUAUCAUUUAGCAACAGAUCAUUCAACAUAUCGUCAAUCUCCAUUAUACACAGCUCGUCAUUGGCCAAUAAUUUACUUUCACGAAACGUCACCGCCAAAUUGUUCUACCAAUAAUCCUGACGCUAAGGAUUCAUGGAAACUACAUUCAAAAAAUUGUGACUCUAUUGUUAAUGUCGCUGGCAGAGGACAGACAACAAUAUACAGUGGAAUUUUACUUGAGUUAAAUAUUGUUCAUAUCAGAAAAAUGCCCAAAACUCGGCUAGUUACGCGUUCAGUAACGAACAGUCGUCCACCUCAUAUGACUUUAAAUCUAGAGUGUUCAGAAGAGCCUCUCAGCAAAGCACAGUUAGUAUUACGAUUGGAGCUCAAAGAAAAUUAUGACAGAGUGGCUGCUACUCUAGAGGAAUUGGUUAAAGACCAUGGAGGUAAAUUGGUAUGCCAAGCAGGCAAUGUCAACGGUUAUCAAUACACAUUGCCUUCAAAUUCUGCACAAGCUCCAGUUAAAAGUAAUUCUCAACCUAUUGUAAAUGUAAAUCAAAAUAAGAAUAAACCUAUUAAAUUGAAUGUAGUAAAUAAUGCAAAUGGAUCCCAGGGUAACAUACAACUGGUUGUGGAUUCUCGAAUGGGAGUUAUUCUUGGACCUGUUGCUCAACCUCAAGGUAAAAAAUGCUCUGCUAUGACAAAUGUUUCAUCAAAUUCAGUCUCUACUUCAGCUACGCCAGGUUCAACAUCUACAGUUUCAACUAUAUCUACCACUUCACACUCUCAGGCGGAAAAUUAUAAAUACACUCGUUCUGGACGCAGAACAAAAGUGCUUCAAGUACAACAAUCUGACAUAAUAGAGGAACCUACAUUAAUCCCUCGUGGAAGACAGAAAUUGGGAUCCUCGACACAUGUUGUUACACCAACUACAACCAGCCCACAAGGUGUUACCAAUCUCAGAAUAAAAACAGUAAGUAAACAACAGAUUACAUCAACGGUGUCGUCAACAUCGGCAACCAUAAAUACGACUACAGGAACGAUACCGCCAACGGUAACGGUGACGGCAACGGCAACAAGACUGGCUAUUACAAAACCAACUGAGCAUACAAGUAUUGGUGGAAUAUCGAUUGGAAGUAAAAAUUCAGCUUGCGACCAAAUUGACGAAUCGAAGAAGAAUCUUCCAGAUGGAAGGGAAGUAACUUUUAACAAAAUAAACGGAGGCAGAACAUUUCCUUCGUUGGUCGUCGUACCUAGACCAAAUCUUCGUACAAAGGAUAUCGCGCCACAAAUAGCUCAAAAAGAAAGAUCGGAGUUAGAUAUGAAAGUCAAGAGCGUACUCAUGUUCUCGGCUACAAAGUUCGCUGAAUGGUUGAUACAGCAGGGGUUGGUAAAGUCUGAACAGUAUUGCAUGCAACAUAGUAAUAAUUAUCAAAGGACUAAGUUGAAAUUAGGAAUGUAUAGUGAUCAAGGUACAUUUCCAUAUUCGGGAGGAUACGUUUGGAUUUCAAGUUGUUGUCCAGAUCGUUUUGUUUCCGUGUUUUCCGGCUCAAUUUUCCAGGGUGCUGCUUACACACCUACCGUUCUUUUAAAAUUAAUUUAUCAUUGGGCAUGCCAGACAAACGUUCAAAAUGUUGUCUCUUGGGUGAAAGUAUCUAAUUUAUAUGUAAAAAAUUUUUAUACGCAUUUACGUAGUGUUUGUACUGCCGCAAUUUGGGAUAAAACUCGUAAAAUGGGAGGUAAAAACUUCGUGAUACAAAUUGGUGUAAUUAGUUUGGGCACAACGUCGCAGGACGGAAACUUACGACAAGUCAAAGUCGAAGUGCUUGGUGUAUUAGAUUAUACCACGCUUGAUUUAAGAUUAAGAGCAUGCGAUCCAGUGCAGGAUGGUGAUAGGGCAUACAAGCGACGAUUCAAUAAUAUUUUACAACCACUGAAAGAAUGGGUGCACACCGAUUCGAAAAUCAUGACUGACUUUUCCGUUGAUAAAAGCACGCUUGAAGAAAUGGGUUUUAAUAAUGUAAUACAAUCAGCGUUUUCUGAACAAAAUCCUCGAAAUUUCAUGAGCAAUUAUCACAUUAUGGAGUAUUUAAGGAAAAUUGUCCCAAGAAUGUUUCAAAAUACUCUUAGUUUGCUUAGUAAACAAAUGAUACAACAAUUUUUGGACGAAUUAGUAUGGAGAGAAAUGUACGGAGCGACUGCCGCCCGAGCAUUUGAUAACAUUAUCGGACAUAUCGCAGAACAAACUAGAAUCGAAUUAAACGAAAGUCUCUUGGAUCGUUUGGCUAGGAUAGCUGCUAAUCCUUUUCAUAACUGGUCUUAUUCAAAUGCGAAUUCGUCACCGCUCAGGACACUGAAUAAAGAAGAAAUCUUUUCGGACUGCAAAGUUCUGAUUCCAGGUAGUAGCAACAUGAAACAGCAACAAGAAACGUUACCAUCCGUUCAAAUAACAAAACCUGGCCCGAGGAGAGGACGAAAGAGAAAUCCAACAACAACGAUUAGCCCAGAACCCGAAUUGAAAAAAGCUCACUACGAAUCAAAAAGUACCAGGGAGAAAGAUAAAGAAAGUAAAACCGAUCAGAUACAAUUGCAGCAAUUUUAUUAUGCUACUAUGGAAGGCGACAAAACUCUUCUUAUAAAGGAACAUAAAAGUUCCUUAUAUUUUAAAUGCUUUCUGUGUGCAACAAUAUUGCGUUCAAAUACAGAUGUAAUGGAACACACUAUUGGUCAUGUACCACCACAAGUACCUGGACAAUCACAUUCUCCAGUGUGCCGAUACUGUUGUACAGCAUUUUCAUCUCAACACCAGAUGGUUACACACGUUACAGAAUCACACAGCAACUUUGGCCACUCUGACAGUGAUAUGGUUGUUUGCGCCAUUUGUGAACAAAAAUUCGGUAACAGUGGUCUUCUAAUUAAUCACUUGUCAUCAAUGCACUGUCCCUCGGAGAUGCCUUACCAAUGCGAAACUUGUGGUUAUCGUACUUCCAGUCAUAAAGACGCUAUUGAUCAUUAUUAUCGUGUUCACGAAAAGGGUGAGGGAUUACAAUGUCCUUAUUGUUUGAAAAUAAUAAAUUUCGUAAGAGAAAGUAAUCCCAACGUUACCAGUGUUCAUGCAUAUUUGUUACAUAUGCAAAGACACGUUAUCAGAAGGGAACAAGGACGAGGAAAUAAAUGUUCCAGAUGUUGUCUUUGGUUCAAUCAGAAAAGUUCAUUGAAAAUUCAUCAAAGGGAACUGCAUGAUUCUGUAUCCAAUUCAAAGGUUAUUCCUUAUUCAACUGGUAGUAAUGGAAUAAUGAUUCCAAAACAGCGAUUUCAAACUAGACGGUUUGAAAUUGAUAGUCCAGUUACAGAAUUACCACGCGAUGAGAGAGUUAAAAAAUGGGUCACUGGUCCAAUUACAGUGAAUGUUUCAAUUGAACAUCUAUCCUGUAAAGAAUGCGAAGAAGAUAUAGAUGAGCAAAAUCAUUAUCCAGGUGAACAAAUAUGUCAACAAUGUCGUUACAUAACUUGUUGUUGGCGUGCGUUUAAAGAACAUCAACAACAAAUUCAUAAUGAACGACCUAUGACCAGUUUGGUAGUUCCUUCUCCUCUCAUUAAUAUUCCAUUAGAUAAAAAGAUGCAAUGUUCAUGUGGUUAUGCGACAACCGACGGAAAUCAAUUAGCUACACAUUUGAUUAAAUGUAAAAAAGUAUCUGUCUAUCCAAUUGAAGAUACAGCACCGUCCGGAAUGUUAAACAGUUUGGGUCUGGUACCAAAAAAUAGCUCAGAUGAAAUUGAAGACGCCAAAAGGACUAAUUUACGUUGAUGAAGUGAAGUACAAGUUUUUGAAUGCGUUAGACAUCGUGAAUGAUAAAUUGUGUAAUUGUUUAGAAAAUUAGAAUGAUUUGAAAUAUCGGAAGAAACAGUAAGUUACAUUUGUAUAAUUACGAUAGAUAACUUAAUUCGGCAAGAAUGUUAUAAUAGAAUGGGAGUAAAUCUUAUAAACCGAACCGACUGUUUGUAUCAUCGAACAUUUGUUUUUAAUUUUUAUUGCCUAUUUUCGCAUUGUCCAUACGCAUAAUAUACGAUGUACAAUCACAAAUAAAAUUUUCAUUCAUCAUAUUAUUAGUGAAGAUUUUUAAUAAAUGUAUAAUUUAAAUAAUUAAAUCAUCAACACUAUAUGCACGCUACGUCGUUUGAAAAUAUUGCGAUAAUAAUAUAUUAAUAUUCUUCUAAAAAAAUUAUGUUGUAUGGAUAUUAUUGAUAUGUUUAUAUUGCUGAGUUGUACCUUUAUAUGAAAUAAUAAUAAAUCGUUAUUGCAUGAAAAGAUACUACUAGUUUGAAACAUGUAUCUAAGUAAUUAUGUAUGUAUUUAAGUAAGUACAAUAGUUUACAACUCAAAACUUAUCGUUGUAACUGUCUGGAAAGACAUAUUAGGAACUUAUUCCUCCAACUUUCUAGACUUUCAAUAGGUUUUGAGAUAGAGUGAAAAACAUUUAAUGCGUGUAAGAUACAAAGAAAAGGAAAUAUACAAUUUGAUAUCUGUAAAUACAUAUUUAAUGUGAUUCAAGAUUCGAAGUAAUCAUAUGAAGUCAUAAUACAAAAUUGCUGAUAGGGAUAUGGAAUUUUUUUUAAAAAUUUUACUGUUAUGUGCGUGUGUGUGCAUAUAAAAGUAUAGAUACAGUAUAACAUUGGAUAAAUGCUCGAAAAUCGGGACCCAAAGCGGGUGCUCACAUUAAUUGUGUUCGAAUGUAAAAAAGAACAAAGCGAAUGAAAUUGAUGAUACAAUACUAAUGCAACAAUAAAACUUUUUUAUUUUUAAUUUUUAUUUAAUAAAACUUCUACCAAUGUAACCGUGAGACUUCCCUAAUUAAAACAAGACUAAGCAUGAAAUAAUGUAGACUAUAUUUGCUUCUUUUAUUUCACAUACAGCUAAAACUUCAACUUAAACAAAAAUUUCACAGGUACGUCCAUCCAGUAAAGGUUUAAUUUUGAAAAAUCUAAAAAUAAAAAAGUUUCAUCAUUGAAUUAGUGUCGUUUCAUUAUACAUCAUAUACAUCAAGUUAACAUUACUCGACCGAUUCGCUUCGCGAUGUAUUAAAUUGCGAGUACUUACGAAGAGGUAGGCCACUAAUUGUAAGUAUUUAUCCAAAGUUUACUGUAUAUGUAUAUAUAAAAGUUAAUUCUUCCUUCAAUUCAUCAUUUUGAUAUAGAAUAAAGUACAAAAUUUAUGUAUUUUUCUAAAGUUUUAUUUAGCAAGAGUGUUUUCGGUAAUUUCACAAUAAUAAAUGUAGCAUACAUUUCAACUGUAUCAAUACAGUAUACAAUACUAGUUAAUAGAACGCGGAGAGUUUUAUUCUCAAUUGAAAAGACCGAGGUGAAUUGAAAACUAUUUGCGUUAACAUAUAAUAAUUCAUUAUUCUGUACUUAUCUAUAUUCCUAGCAAGCUAUUAACACUUUUUUUUUUUGUCAUUUAACUGUCAUCCAGUCAACACUAAAGAACGCAUUUACUAAAACAAACUCUGCAAUGUUAAUUGAUCUGGACCGUUCCUUUAAUAUGAAAGAUUAUAAUUAUAAUCAUAAUUAUCAUUAGACAUUACUUGUGUCUAAACA